CCCGGACGACAUUGUAUGCGCACAGUAACGUGGAGCACUGUUUUGAUCAAUUUACUAGCUCAAUAUCACCCAUUUCAAUUGAAAUGGCUGCCAACAGCCAAAUGUGCUCAAUAUGGCUUGGAUCUGAAACGGGUAUAUUAAAAGGGGUGAGUCUCAUCAAAAAGCAGGCGUUUAACUUUUGUGAGAUGAGCUGUUUGAGUCGAGAUCAGGAGGUGUGUGUGAUGGCAUGGGGAGAUACACACGAAUCAGAGGUGCUGGUGGGUAGUGUAAAUGGCACAGUGAAAACAUUCAGCACGGAUAAGGGGAUCUUUACAGGGAGCAGAGAAUGUGGGGAUCCUUCCCAAGGCAGGUUUACAGGACUGGCAGUAACUGACAGUUCUUUGAUCACGUGUGUGGAGUCGGGACUUCUGAAAGUGUGGAAAGAAGGCAGUACAGACACAGUUGAAGUAAAUGUUGGAAAUGGAAUUUGCAGAAUGCGACAAAAUCCCUCACAGCGUCAUUGUGUGGCUACAGGGGGGAAGGAGAACCCUCUCAAAGUGUGGGACCUGGAGAGACCUGAUAAACCAAUAUUCACAGCCAAAAACGUGGCCCAUGACUGGUUAGACAUGCGAGUACCUGUGUGGGUGAGAGACAUUGGCUUUAUCCCAGACUCGGAUAAAAUAGUAACAUGUACUGGACACCACCAGGUGCGAGUGUAUGACCCCUCAACAUCCCAGAGGAGGCCAGUGAUGGAGGCCAAGUUUGGAGAGUACCCCCUCACAGCACUCUCUCUCCCUGCCAGUCAGGGUACAGUGGUUGUGGGUAAUACUCACGGGCAGCUCGCCAUCCUGGACCUCCGGAAAGGGCUUGUGUGUGGGUGUCUCAAGGGUCUGGCAGGGGCAGUGCGGGGGUUGCAGUGCCAUCCAUCUCUCCCAUUGGUGGCCUCAUGUGGUUUAGAUCGUUUUCUGAGAGUACACAGCCUGGAGGAUUGUUCCUUACAACACAAGGUGUAUCUGAAGUCACGACUCAAUUGCGUGCUGCUCUCAAGAAGAGAACUGGAGUCAUCUAGUGUUGAUGUUACUGGAGAUGUCGAGGAGGUAAAAGCAGAGGAAGAGGAGGAUGAGGUUUGGGAUACCAUGCAAACAGUGACUGAGAAAACAAAAAAGAGGGUCGCCCAGAACAAUGAAGCAGCUGUUUCCAGGGUAGAAGACAAAAAGAAGAGAAAAGUAGCAAAGAAGUGAUGGAGAAAGAAUUUUGCUUUUAUAAUUUUAUUAACAGUUUUUUUUUUUUUUUUUUAUUUCAUGGGUAUCAACGAUGACCAAGCUGAAAAACUGAAAACCGAGUGACUGUUUAAUAUGGCUGUGUAAUAAUGUUUGUUGUUAUUAGUUUCUCAUUUUGGCCCAUGAAAUGGAUUUGAACUUCUGUAAAAUGAACUAAAAUGUGAUUGUCAUAGUAUCUUCUAAAUGUGUUUAAAAAAAAAAAAAAUAUGCAAGGCUUAAAUAUAUGAACCAGUUUUUUGUAAAAAAAAAAAAUGUUUUACCAUCUAACCUUGCAACUCUGAAGAGGAUAGUGGAAUUUAAUGAGCACUCUGUACAUCAUAAGCACACAAAUUGCAUUUCAAAAGUUCAUCCUUUUGUACUCACACAGCAAUUGCUUUGCUCAAAAAUAACUGUAUUCAAUAAUAAUAAAAAAUGUUUUUAAUUCUCUCAA